GACCUCGCAUCGACCAGAAACUUUGCGAUCGUUAAACACCCCGGAACUGGAGCUACGAGCCUCUCCUCCCACCCCGACGAAGUCGGCGGCCUCGAGCAGCACACGGGCGGCACCGCCGACUCGAAAGCUGGUCUUUUCGCCAAGAAAGAUGUCAGCACCGCACAAGACCAGCUCGCCAAGAAGGGCUUCAUACCCAUAAAAUGGCACGGGAAAUGCGAAGCAGACAAGGUCUCGGUUGGGACGUACGAUGUCACUGAAGGUGGUAUGUUUGGUCUAGUCUUCGACAACACAUUUUCAAAACAGACGUCCAAGACGGCGACAUUUGUCCUUCUGACCUAUCCGACGGGCGCCCCCCCACAGACGGCGCGUCAUCUCCCCAACCUCCAGGCUGGCCCGGCUGCUAGCACUAGCAGGUCCAGCCUGGGGAGAUCUAACAGCCCGCACCUGGGCGCCGUACCUUCUGACUCGGUCGAUAGCCUGCACAGCCAUGCUCCGGGACGCGGGCGUGCAAUGUCGACAUUGUCAGCUGGCAAGAGCGACGGAGGGGGUUCGAGCCCCUAUCACGUUGGCGUCUUGCUCAAGAGGAGGCGCAAGAAGGGCCAGGGUUACGCCAGGCGUUUCUUUUCCCUCGAUUACACGACGUGCACGCUCUCGUACUACCAUCACCGCAACUCGUCGGCCCUCAGGGGUGCGAUACCGUUAAGUUUAGCGGCCAUUGCCGCGGACGAGAGACGGCGCGAGAUCACCAUCGAUUCCGGGGCCGAGAUCUGGCACCUGAGGGCGUCGAAUGCGAAGGAGUUCACCGAAUGGGCCCGGUCGCUGGAGCGGGCGAGCAAGAUUGCUAGGGGCUUGGAAAAUUCGGCGAACGAGACGGUAGCCCCCGGGCCGCAGGGUGACGCUGCGUCGCAGCCCGCGCCGACUGCUCGAAAUGCGCAGCAAGAGGAGGAGGAUAGGGAUUGGCAACACGUCGAGUCUCUGGUCAGCCGGAUAGUGGGAACCAGAGAUGCGCUUAGGCGCCUGGUCAAGGACCUAGCGGCCGAAAAGCGGCCACCUAGCAAUCACGGAGCAUACCUCCCUCCCAAUACCUCGACGGUGCCCGAGGAUUCUGAUGGCUACUCCGCCGGCCAGCUUGACAAGCGGUCGUUUUGGAAGCGCAAAGCGAGCGCCCCCUCGUCUCCGAUGACGCCGCAAUCCUUCCAGGCUGCCACGGGCGCUUCGCUAGCGGUCCCAACAACGCCCGCGGCUGGCGCACCGGUUCCGAACGGGCCCAAAUCCUACGGAGCGCUGCAGGAGGGUCAGGAGCGGGACACGUACGAGAACUGCGCGGCGUUGCUUAAGGACCUAGACUCGGUGGUCGUUGAGUUUUCGACCCUUCUCAGCGCCAGCAAGCGGAGGCGGAUGCCGUUGCAAGAAGCCGCCGAGCCUCCGAGGAGGAGCAUUGAGUCCUCGACGUCGACUGUCGAAGAGUUUUUUGACGCCGAGGCCGGCGACCUAGACAAGUCGCAGAACCAAGUCAUGCUGAUCAACCACCAGAGCGAGGAGGAGACGACGGCUUCCGACGCCGAGGAGGUAUCGAUCCACGAGUCCUCCUCGGCCUCGUCGAUGGACGAGGACGAGGCACCGCCCACCGGGGACGGGGUCGGCAGCCUCUUCCCGACGAAGCCGAAAGCGCUCUCGCCGCUUCCCAUUACCGAGAUGGUGGCCCGACGCAAGACCAUCCCGCCGGCCAAGGUCGCCCCACCCAGCCUGAUCGCCUUCGUCCGCAAGAACGUGGGAAAAGACCUCAGCACGAUCUCGAUGCCCGUGUCGGCCAACGAGCCCAUCUCGCUCCUGCAGCGGAUAGCAGAGCAGCUCGAGUACGCGCAGCUCCUGGACGAGGCGGCCCGGCAGAGCCAGGCGCACCAGCGGCUCCUCCGCGUGGCGGCGUUUGCCAUCUCCCAAUUCAGCAACGGGCGGGCCAAGGAGCGGGCGAUCCGCAAGCCCUUCAACCCGCUCCUGGGCGAGACGUUCGAGCUGGUCCGGACCGAGAGCGAGGUGCCCGGCGGGUUCCGGCUGCUGGUCGAGAAGGUGUCGCACCGGCCGGUGCGGCUGGCCAUGCAGGCCGACGCGGCGCAGUGGUCGCUCGCGCAGUCGCCGGCGCCGACGCAGAAGUUCUGGGGCAAGAGCGCGGAGCUGACCACCGACGGGCGCGUGCGGGUGACGCUGCGCCUGCCGGACGGCAGCGAGGAGUACUACAGCUGGAACGUGGCGACGGUGUUCCUGCGGAACGUCGUCAUGGGCGAGAAGUACGUCGAGCCGGUGGGGACGAUGUACGUGUGCAACGACAGCACGGGCGCCAAGGCGGCGGUCGAGUUCCGCUCCAAGGGCGUGUUCGGCGGGCGCGGAGAGGAGGUGCACGUCGAGCUCCUCGGACCGGACGGCGAGCAGACCGGGGUGAGCAUGAGCGGCACGUGGACCGGAUCGCUCAAGGCUGCCGGGCAGGAGGUGUGGAAGGUCGGGAGCCUGGUGGAGAACGCGGCCAACACGUACGGGCUGACGACGUUCGCGGCGAGCCUGAACGAGAUCACGUCGAUCGAGAAGGGGAAGCUGCCGCCGACGGACUGCCGGCUGCGGCCGGACCAGCGGCUGGCGGAGCAGGGCCAGCUGGACGAGGCGGAGGAGUGGAAGGUCAAGCUGGAGGAGGCGCAGCGGCAGAGGAGGAGGGCCAUGGAGGAGCGCGGGGAGGAGUACCGGCCGAGGUGGUUCGUCAAGGCGGAGACGACUCAGGACGGCGAGGAGGUGUGGCGGCUGAAGGGCGGGAAGGACGGCUACUGGGAGGAGAGGGCAAAGGGGUCCUGGACUGGUGUGUUGGAUCUCUUCGCUGCUUAGAUGGGCGGCCCCCAGCGAGUCCUUUCGAAAGCCCGUCGUGCUUGACCGUUCAUGGAUGUGAUAAUAUCACAGCGUAGAGGUUGCAUAGUGCGAGUAGCGUACCGCCAUGGGGAUGGUUUAAUCUUGUUAGGUUGUGUUUACAUUUUGCCGUUCCUGGCGAGCGGUGGGCGGCAUCAGGGGGGUUAGCCCCAAGCCGACCCCAUGUACUAUAACUAAGAGAAAGCUACUUUAAAAGAUCAGAACGACCGACCAGAGAGAGGUGUGGGGUGUGGUGAAACAAAU